AUUUUCUUGUACAAAAAGACCAGUAUUUUACCUUUUUCCUUUCCAUGUAUAAAAUGGUUCUCAUAAUGGUGCUGAAUGGAAAAUUGGGAAGGGGUAGGACAAUUGGAAAGAGGCGUUACGGUUACGCGGCUUACGCCGAUCAAAUUGGGUUUCGGGUUCUGAUUCGGGUUCGGAUCCGUUAUUAAGAAGUUCCUCUUUCAUAAGCCCUAAUAUCUCUCUCCUUUGUUUUAUCGCCCUCUUAGACAUACCAUUCCGCCGUCGUUUUUGUGCCGCUCGCGAUUCACUGGUCAGCCGCCGUCACUUGUAGAACAGUCUGCCGGAAUCGAGAUCGGAUUCGAUUGGGAAACGAAUUAACCGGAGGAUUCUCUCUGUUUCUGGCUGUGUUUGACGGGUAGAAAAGAGGGGCAAAAAAUGGCCGGAACUAAUAAAGCUUCGCAGCAGAAGCCGGAGGAAGAAGGCGGUGGUGUCAGAUGGUAUUUCUCGAGGAAAGAAAUUGAAGAAAAUUCUCCGUCAAGAAGAGAUGGGAUUGAUUUGAAGAAAGAAACGUUUUUGCGCAAGUCAUAUUGUACGUUCUUGCGGGAUCUAGGCGUGAAGCUCAAAGUCCCCCAGCUAACAAUCUCGACGGCGAUUAUAUUCUGCCACCGGUUCUUCCUCCGUCAAUCCCAUUCAAAACACGACCGGAUGAUUAUCGCCACCGCUUGCAUAUUUCUCGCCGGAAAGGUUGAAGAAUCUCCUCGCCCUUUAAAGGAUGUUAUACUUGUUUCUUAUGAAAUCAUUCAUAAGAAGGAUCCACAAGCUGUGAAAAGAAUCAAGCAAGAUGAGAAAGUAUAUGAAGCCCAGAAGAGAAUAAUUCUGCUUGCUGAGUUUUCGGUUCUGGGUACCCUUGGGUUUGAUCUUAAUGUGCUUAAUCCGUAUAAGCCACUGGUUCAGGCAAUGAAGAAAUUCAAAGUUGGUCACAAUUCAUUUGUGCAGGUUGCUUGGAAUUUCGUGAAUGAUGGGCUUCAUACUUCUUUGUGCCUGCAAUUUAAGCCCCAACAUAUUGCAGCUGGUGCCAUUUUUCUGGCUGCUAAGUUCCUCAAAGUAAAGCUUCCGUCAUCUUCAGGGGAGAAGUUUUGGUGGCAGGAGUAUUUUGAUGUCACUCCUCGCCAAUUGGAGGAGGUUAGCAACCAAAUGCUGGAACUGUAUGAGCACAGCAGGGAGCCACAGCAGCCUUCUCUGCAGGCUAGUGAAGCAAGUGGCACUCCGCCGCCCGGUGCAGUUGGCCAGUCACCUCAACCACAAAGGCUAAAGCUGGACAAGAACAGGUUGAAGGCUCAAAUCGAGAAGAGGAGGAAGUCUCAACCAGAUGUAUCUCGAAAACCUGAUGUUAUUGACGAUGAUGACCUGAUAGAAAGAGUAUUGGAAGAUGGAAUUGAAUUAGCUGCUGAGAGUGAGAGCAAGGCCAAACCUACUUGAAACAAGCAACCAUUUUGGUAAUGCGGAACAGAGCAAUCGGUCUCUGAGGUUGAACAAUGGCCAGCGCCGAUGGUAGUUAGUCCAAUUGACAAGUUAGUAUAGGGAAACAAUGGGAGCAUCACGAAGGGCACUUACUUGUACAAGAGAAUCACGUUUAGCCGUCCCCUCUUGAGUAUGUGAAACACUUAAGUUUGUACAUAUAUAAAAACCUGACUUUGAGAAAUCUUUUAAUCAAUGUACAAAAUCUCAAUCUUUUUCAGUUAAAUGCGUCAUAACUUUUUGUAGGAUCAUAAACAGUGUAGUUGCAAACAUGACCC